GAUAGUUGUGUUGGUCGAUGUAAUAAGCAUUUAGAUAACAGUUUUAACUGUCAAUGUAACUAUGCUUGUAGUAAAUACCAUGAUUGUUGCUCGGAUUACAACACAGAAUGUCAUGGCGGAAACCAUAACCACAUAACAAAUCAUCCUGGUCACACUGGAAGCUUUUCUGGUAUAGCUCAGACACUAUGGGAUGCUGAUAUUCAUCGCUUCGGUCCAGCUGAUCUCAAAGUUAACUAUCAGGGUCAUACAGCUCGGGGACCAGUAUAUUUGACAAAAUGCUUUUCCAGGUUUUUCACUUUUGUGAACGAAGCUAAAUUAAAUGGACCAACAUAUAAGGCCAUGUUAGAUUUAUGGGAUAAUUACCACACUAGUGAAUCUAUCAGAGAAACCAGCGAUGCUGCCUACCAAACUGAUGUUGAUGCUUUCCUUAAUACAGUAUUAAAUACCUCAGUUAUGCAAAUAGCGAAUAAAUAUUUGGUGGAUAAUAGUAAGUACCCAAACCAUAUUGCUGCCGGCCAAGUUGCUUUUAAAAGUAAACUUCAAGAACUUUGGUUCCAUAGAUAUUCCAGAAAGAGUGGUGGAAUAACUAAUAGCUGUGGCUUUGAACAUAUUUUUCUUGGAGAAUUUAAAGGUUCCUCGGUUUCUGGUUUUCACAAUUGGGUCAGAUUUCAUAAAUUAGAAUCUAGUGGCCGAAUUGACUACAAAGGCUACAUUAAUAAGAAAGAGCCAUUUUUGGUAGAGUUUACCUUCACUUGGGAUGGGAAAUGGAAACCGAUCAGCUCAUUUUUUAUCGGUACCAGUCCUGAAUUUGAUAUGGCUUUAUCUACAAUAUGUAUUUUAUCUGAACCAAACAGAGCCUGUAAAUUCACUUUGGAAGGUCAAGAUUUCAGAAUUCAGAACUACGAUAUUCCUCAUAUACAUGGUCUUCAAGUGGCUUCCGCUUAUCCUGAAGUGUGA